AGCGGCUAACCAAAGCUAACCUAGCGAGCUACCUACCCACACUGCACCGCUUUAUUGACAAGUCCCCCGCUUAUCACAUGAUCAACUUCACCAGGAAGUGAGGAUUUUUGCUUCUAGAACUUAGCUGUGCAGACUCUUAGUGAAGUUGUGAUGGCAUCUGACACCAGUGGAGCAGCGUCCUCUGCUGCAGACCUCAAGUUGCAGUUUGCUCCCUUCAGCAGCGCUUUGGAGGCUGGUUUCUGGCACCAGCUUACUCAGAAGAAACUCAACGACUAUAGGUUGGAUGAGAGCCCCAAAUGUAUCAAAGGAUACUACUACAAUGGUGACCCAGUUGGUUUGCCCACACGCCUGACUUUGGAGUUCAGUGCAUUUGAUGUCGAUGGCCCGACCCCGGCCCGUUGCUGUCCAGCUAUUGGGACCCUGUAUAACACCAACACACUUGAUGCCUUUAAGUCCACUGAUAAGAAGGCUCUGCUGGAGAAAGAGGCUAAGGAGAUAUGGGAUGCCAUACAGUCUGGGGCUGCAUUGAAGGACCCAUCCAUCCUCUGUAGAUUCAUUCUGCUGACCUUUGCAGAUCUGAAGAAGUACCAUUUCUAUUACUGGUUCUGCUUCCCUGCGCUCUGCUUCCCGGAGGGGAUAAAGAUUGUCCAGCAGCCUUCUGUCCUAGAACAAGUUUUCUCAGCAAAGCAGAUCGCAGCCCUGCAGGAGGCCUAUGAUGGCCUGUGGAUCAAAAGAGGGACCAAUGCAGUUCCUUACUUCCUAAUGAAGUACACAGAUGACACUGUUCAGCUGGCUCUAUUUGAGGACUGGGAUACAUUCUUCACUGAUACAAAGAAGGUUACUGUGGGCGUCUAUGAUCCGUGUACUCUGUCUCAACAUCCGGGCUGGCCUCUGAGAAAUCUACUGGUCCUCUUAGCUAACCGAUGGGGCUCUAAGCUGGACACAGUGGAGGUGCUGUGUUUUAGGGACAGAACUCUGCAGGGAAACCGCUCCAUUCAGCACAGCGUCAUCUUCCAGGUCAAACUACCUGAACUGUCGAACAACUCAGUAUGUCCUAAGAGUGUGGGUUGGGAGAAGAACCCUAAGGGGGCCAUGGGACCCAGGAUGGUCAACCUCAGUGAAUGCAUGGACCCUAAAAGGCUUGCAGAGUCAUCAGUGGACCUGAACCUGAAGCUAAUGAGAUGGAGGCUGGUUCCUUCCCUGGACCUGGAGAAGGUGGUCAACACAAAGUGUCUUCUACUGGGAGCUGGGACUCUGGGCUGCAACGUAGCCAGGACUCUAAUGGGAUGGGGAGUGAGACACAUCACAUUUGUGGACAAUGCCAAGAUCUCAUAUUCCAAUCCAGUUCGGCAGCCGCUCUACGAGUUUGAGGACUGUCUUGGAGGCGGGAAGUCCAAAGCCAUGGCAGCUGUGGACCGACUCACCAAAAUCUUCCCUGGUGUGAAUUCGGAGGGUUACAAUAUGAGCAUCCCCAUGCCUGGUCACCCAGUGAAUUUCUCUCAGGCCACUCUUUCCCAGGCCCAGAGAGAUGUCGAGCAGUUGGAGAAACUCAUUUCAGAACAUGAUGUGGUUUUCUUAUUAAUGGAUACAAGGGAGAGCCGCUGGCUGCCUACAGUGAUAGCUGCCAGCAAACGGAAGUUAGUUGUGAAUGCCGCCUUAGGCUUUGAUACUUUUGUCGUGAUGCGCCACGGCCUGAAGAAACCCCCCAUCAGUGAAAAUGUUUCUGCAGGGGCAGACUCUUCUCCUUCCUGUUCCUCUGCCUCUUCUUCAUCCUCCACACCAGCCGGCUCCGCGCCUUCCAUCCCAGGGUCCUCUCUGUUCUCCAACAUCCCAGGGCACAAGCUGGGCUGCUACUUUUGCAAUGAUGUUGUGGCACCAGGCGAUUCUACCAGGGAUCGGACUCUGGACCAGCAGUGCACAGUCAGCAGACCGGGCCUCGCCAUGAUCGCUGGAGCCCUGGCUGUUGAGAUGAUGGUGUCCAUUCUACAGCACAGUGAAGGUGGCUAUGCAGUGGCCAGCAGCAGUGACGACCGAAUGAACGAACCUCCCACUUCUCUGGGUCUAGUGCCACAUCAGAUCCGAGGCUUCCUUUCGAGGUUCGACAAUGUCCUGCCUGCCAGCCUGGCCUUUGACAAAUGCACUGCCUGCUCACCGAUUGUCCUGGAUCACUAUGAGAGGGAAGGUUUCAGCUUCCUGUCCAAGGUUUUUAAUUCUUCCCACUCUUUCCUGGAAGACCUGACAGGGCUGACACUGUUGCACCAGGAGACACAGGCAGCAGAGAUUUGGGACAUGAGCGAUGACGAAAGCAUCUGAAAGACUGGAUGAACAAACCCAAAGGACUGGACUCUGCAAACCAUGUUUCCAUCUGUUUGUUUUUAAUGGAUCUUACGUUUACACACAAAGGACAAGGGGAGUGAAUGGCUCACUGAGGGCUUUGUGAACAACACUGGACGCAACCAUAAAAUUCACGUCAUCAAAACCAAGUACGUUCCAAAAACCAAAAUUCCUGUUAGUCUUAAUUUGUAUUCAAGAUCAGCCAAAGAGUUGGACCUUCAGAGGUGAGUUGUAAUCCGGUUAAAGAUGAUAAAACAGCGAUAGAAUCAGAAGCAGUGAUGCAGUGAAUGUUUUUCAGUGCCACAUUAGAAACGGGAUCAAGUCGAUGUUCCACAUCGUGUAUAUGAAGCUGCUGUAUGCACCUGCUCCUAUUGGUUAAUGAUGUUAUCAGUCACAUGUAGUCACAGUUCGGAGUCAGCUCAGCUCCCUGUGCUAAAACACAACAAAACACACUCCACAGUCGUAUUAAAAGACUUAAUUUAAUCUAAAAAAGCUUCACUAAAUGCUCACAGGUUCAGUCUCUCCAUCAGCGCAUUUAAUGGAUUUGCUGCAGAGGCUUUUGGCAAGACUUCAACAUACUACAUCUGCUCACUCAUUCAGUUUGAGAAAGAGCUUCAGAUGAAUUAUGAAAAUACAAAAACACAGUUGACAACUCAGCAGAUCCAUCCAUCUCCCUGUCUGUUUACUAGUGACUGCAAUACAUACAGUACAGUUUUAAUACUUAAACCAGCUUUGUUCCUUUCAAAGUUUUACUCUGAGGAUGUUGCACAGAUGUUACUGUACAGAAACUUCAACUGUGGCUCCUGACAUAGAAACAAUUUACUAUUACUGUAAAAAACUUGGAGCCCACAGCUGCAUAGUUUAAUCUGAACGAGCCUACGAAAAGACAGUCUUUAGGGUUUGCUUGUGUUUACGCAUGCACUUCUUUGU